AUGGAAACUCGAGCAAAUGGGCAUAAAAUAACUGAAUUAGAAGAGAAAGUGCUUCUUCAGUAUAUAAUUGAUAUGGAUGAUAGAGGGUUUGCACCUAAAUUGAGUGGUGUGGAAGAUAUGGCGAAUUAUAUUCUUCAGUCGCGAGGGGCAAAGAAGGUUGGAAAGCUCUGGGCUCAUCGAUUCGUAAAGCGUCAUACGGAAUUAAAGAUGCGUUUUAAUCGCGUUUAUGAUUUUCAAAGGGCUCUCUGCGAAGAUCCUAAACUUAUUGAAAGGUGGUUUCAAGUGGUAUUGAAUAUGCGAGCGAAAUAUGGUAUUCAGGACUGCGAUUUCUACAAUUUCGACGAAACAGGCUUCAUGAUGGGGAUUAUAGUUGCCUGUAUGGUUGUAACUAGUGCUGAACGAAAUGGCAGAAGCAAGGCAAUACAACCAGGCAAUCGAGAAUGGGCUACAGCAAUUAUAUGUGGUAAUGGAGAGGGUGAAACUAUACCUCCAUUUCUGAUAGUUCAAGGACAAGUCCACCUUUCGAAUUGGUAUACCGAAACCGAUCUUCCUGCAGAUUGGGCUAUUAAACCUACUUCCAAUGGAUGGACGAAUAAUGAGACAGGGUUAGAAUGGUUAAAGCAUUUCGAUAAACAUACUAUUCAUCGAAGAAAGGGCAAAUAUCGAAUGUUAGUACUGGAUGGACACGAAAGUCAUGAAUCAAUACCUUUUCAGUCAUAUUGCAAAGCAAAUGAUAUAAUAUGCAUAAAGCUACCAGCGCAUUCUAAUCAUUUAACUCAACCAUUCGAUGUUGGAUGUUUUAGUGUCCUGAAACGCUCGUAUGGUAGUCAAAUUGAUGGAUUUAUCAAGGCACAUAUCAACCAUAUCUCUAAGGUUGAAUUCUUUAUAGCUUUCAAAGCUGCAUAUCAACAAUCAAUUACAUCUCAGAAUAUAAAAGCUGGGUUUCGAGAAACUGGAUUAAUACCAUUUAAUCCUGAAGCUGUACUCUCAAAGUUAGAUAUUCGAAUUCAUACACCUACUCCCCCCCCUCUCAAUAUAGAUCCUUGGAUCUCUCAAACACCUCACAAUCCAACUGAAGCUCUUUCUCAAUCAACUUUAGUAAAAUCUCAAAUAAGUCGUCAUCAAUCAAGCUCUCCUACACCUAUAUUCGAAACUGUACUAGCUCUAGCUAAAGGUACAGAGAGAUUAGCACAUGAGAAUACACUUUUAAGUGCAGAAAAUCGUACACUUCGGAAGGCAAACGAGGCAUUAAGCAAACGUCGACGCGCAAAAAAGAUUCAAUUACGGCAAGGAGGAGUGCUUACUGGACAAGAGGCUCUUGAUAUAUUAUCUCAACAAGAGGUUGAUGUUCAGAUUCAACGCGACGAGCGUCAAAAGAGGGGGAAUUCUAACGGGGAAGCAUCUUCUAGUCGAUGCUGUAGUACACAUGUGGGAGAACUGGUCACAAUUCAAGAACUUGUCAAAAUAGUAUAA